CAGACAGAGAUAUUUUCAGAUUAGAGAAGAGAAGAGCAAGAACAAGGGUAUUGCUGAAAUUGAAAUGAGUUCUUCAAAACUGCUCUCUCUUUUGGCCUCCAAAGAUCGUGACUUUUUACUCUCCCCCACUGGAACAAGGCCAUUGGUGAGGCAGGUAAAUAUCUCUUAUCUAGAAGGCAAAACCAUAGGCAUUUACUUCUCUGCAAACUGGUAUCAACCUUGCCGCAACUUCACCCCAUUACUCGCCAAUGCUUACGAGCAGCUCAAGGACCGCGGUCCUGGCUUUGAGGUAGUGUUCGUGUCGUGUGAUGAAGACGCACCCGCUUUUGAUGAGCACCGUGCUCUGAUGCCAUGGCUCGCCAUUCCAUUUUCCGGCUUGGAGACAAAGAGAUCUUUGAACACAAGGUUCGGCAUUGAGGACAUCCCAAGCUUGAUCAUCUUACAACCCGCCUACGGCCGACAAGAUUUCACAAUUCUUAAUGGGGUCGAUCUCAUCUAUCGCCAUGGCGUGCAGGCUUAUCCGUUUAGCAAACUGAGGGCGGAGGAGCUGCUGCACGAGGAAACGGAAAAGCGCGAGAAUCAGACACUUGAACGUUUACUCUCUAACCAUGACACAGAUUAUAUCUUGAGUCAUACCACAUCAAAACAGGUGCCUGUUGCAUCGUUGAUUGGGAAGACAAUCGGACUCUACUUCUCAGCGCAGUGGUGCAUCCCGGGAGCAAAAUUUACGCCAAAGUUAGCCUCCAUCUACCGAAAGAUCAACGAGGAGGUCACCACGAACAGCAGCCACGACUUUGAGAUAGUUUACUUGUCGAGUGAUCAUGACCAAUCUGCGUUCGAUUCGUAUUUUAAUACCAUGCCAUGGAUGGCCAUGUCUUAUGGUCAUCCAAACAUCAAGUCUCUUGCAAAAUACUUCGACGUGGAAGGGAUUCCAAGCCUUGUCAUAUUGGGGCCGGAUGGGAAAACAGUGACGAAGCGAGGAAGGAGCCUCAUCAACCUGUACCAAGAAAAGGCGUAUCCGUUUACGGAAGCCAGGAUAGAGGUGUUGAAGAGGCAAGUUGAUGAAGAGUCCAUGAAUCUUCCGGAAUCAGAGCGCCACUCAGGCCACUGUCACGAGCUGUUGCUGGUGUCGGAAGGGACAGGAGGCGGCCCUUUCAUAUGUUGUGACUGCGACGAGCAAGGGUUCGGGUGGGCAUACCAGUGCAUUGAGUGUGGCUACGAGGUGCACCCUAAGUGCGUCAGGUCGGUAGAGCCAUGACUCGAUAGCCCGGGCCUUGUUGAAUUGUAUCUGGGAUAUGGUUGCUCUUGCUCCAAUGUAGUACAAACAUGAGUUUGUUUGUUUGUUUUUUGAAUCUUGAUUCUAUAAACCGUUUGACGUGAUGUAUA